AUUAAACAGUCUAAUCCAAGGCGGACUGCUGUUACAUCAAAGUGCAGUAGGCUACUUUCAGUGUACCUGGAUGGAGCUGACAUGUGUUUUUCUAAACUCUUCAUCCGAAACACACACAUGUCCAUCCACAGGCCCACAGUCUCAUCUGCGGAGUUUCUUCUGGGUCUUGGGAGAAUAAGACAGAACACAUGGGAGCUUCAGAAAACAUAUAGGAGCGCCCCGCGGAAGAAUAGGCUGGGCGCGCGCGUCUAAAAUCAAAUAGAUCCUCCGCGCGCGCUAUCUGCCCCGCCAUCUCCGUCUGGGCGGGCUCGUGCUCCUCCUGUGUGCUGGCGGUGGUGGACGGGCUGGGGAGCGCGCGACACCAGGAAAGUAGCAGGUAGGCUGUUGUCCGCAUUGUGUGGUGGACACUAAUGGGUGUCAUUCACCCGGUCUCUGUUAGUGACAGGAAGCUGAUCACAGCAAAAGCAAAGAGGUCGACGAUCUGGGUGCGCGUAUCUCUCUCUGUCAAAGACACCAAAUUGUGGCACGCGGGAUACAAGGAAUUAAAAGCAGGAAUCUUCAUUAAAGAAACGGGACAUACGCAUGGCAAAGUUCAUUUUUAGGCUCGGCGUUGCUUUGUGUUUUUUUUUCCUUUACAAAUCUUUGUGGAAAUAGAUUGUACGUUUACUCGAUGUCUUCAAAAAAUGGCAUGUGGGGAAAUUGAUCGACACUUUGAUGGACACUUUGACACCGGACCUCGCGGCAGAAGGAUCCCGUGUACCCAAACAGCCUGCUGACCAAGACCUGGAAAAGUCAUCCGUCAUUUGUUUUGAACUGACAACAAAUAUCUUUAAUUGUUUUCUCCCGGUGCCAAAGACAUGCUCCGCACAGCAAAUAUUCUGACGUGCGUAUCGGGGAACCCUUCAAUUCGCCGCGGACAGUCAGCGGUCCUUUAACGCGCGCGGUCAUCAACUUUUAAGAAGCAUUCGCUCCACGAGCUCAUCACGUGCACCUCCACGCGCACAUCGUGAAGACGCUCUCAUCACGUGCACCUCCACGCGCACACCUUGAAGCCGCUCCGCGUCUCUCCAUCCUCUCUCUGAACUUGUGUAGGAGCGAUGAGGACGGGGUUGUGAACAGGGACUGUAAGAACCAAAGAGCGCCCAAGAAAUCACCGAGACGUCUAGGCCCGGACGGUGAGUCAUGAUUGACAGCGGGCCGAGGUGAGGAGCCCUGUCACUCAUCGUCACUAUCAGCCGUGUAAGAGGGGGGGUGCUAUAACUGAAGUCGCCCUCUUCAGGACUAACCUCUUCCUCAUCCUCCUCCUUCUCCUCCAACGCGCCGUCCCCUCCUCUUAUCUCCUCCGUGGCGAAGGCCGCUGACCCCGGGCCGCCAUUUUUGUCCCAAGUGACUUGCUUCUACAGGAGCGUCGACAGACGAAAAAAAGAACCCUAUCGUAUCUUCUUGAAGACGGAUAGACUAGAUCAGGAGGAACGCGAGGGUCACCCAGUCUGACCGCCUCUGCUUUUCAUCCAGAGCAGAAAACAAGUGGCAUGCGGCCGCGCCCCCCCACCCCCCGCUCUCCUCGACAGCUCCAGUUAGAGGUGGGAUUAUCCGAGGCACUGGGUCUGCUCUCCGUCGGGGCGGGGUGGACACGGUAUUGAGCGGCGGACCAGCCUGGCCAGGGAGAGGUGCACACAACAAGCUCAACACAAAACCAAAACAACCUCCGGACGUUUUUUGUUGUUCUAGGGAAGACCCCUCGAGAAGAUCCCAGCGUUAGGGAGACCCGGACACCUCCCACACCCAUACUCCAGCAGACGCUCCGCCAUGCGUCUCCACCUGGCGCUGGGCCUACUGCAGGCCCUGGGCAGCUGCUACGUGAGCCAUGCGGCCGUGCAGCACUACCCGGCAUGGGGACACUAUGACGUGUGCAAGUCACAGGUGUACACAGACGAGGGCCUCACCUGGGACUACAUGGCUUGCCAGCCGGAGGCGGCCGACAUGACCAAGCACCUCAAGGUGACCCUGGACCCCCCAAACAUCACCUGCGGGGACCCGCCGGAGACCUACUGCGCCCUGGAGAACCCAUACAUGUGUAACAACGAGUGUGACGCGACCACAGAGGAACUGGCCCAUCCUCCGGGGCUGAUGUUUGACUUUGAGGGUCGCAACCCCACCACCUUCUGGCAGUCCUCGUCCUGGAAGAAGCACCCCAAGCCGCUGCUGGUCAACAUCACGCUGUCCUGGAACAAGACCAUCGAGCUGACCGAGGACAUCAUCCUCACCUUUGAGUCGGGCCGGCCCGAGCAGAUGGUGCUGGAGAAGUCUCUGGACUACGGCCGCACCUGGACGCCCUACCAGUUUUACGCCACCGACUGCCUCGACGCCUUCACCAUGGAGCCCAAGACGGUGCAGGACCUCACCCAGCACACGCUGCUGGACAUCAUCUGCACCGAGGACUACUCCCGCGGCUACGUGUGGAAGAAUGACAAGACGGUGCGCUUCGAGAUCAAGGACCGCUUCGCGCUGUUCGCCGGGCCCCGCCUCCACAACAUGGCGUCGCUGUACGGCCAGCUGGACACCACGAAGAACCUGAGGGACUUCUUCACCAUCACCGACCUGAGGGUACGCCUGCUGCGGCCCGCCACCGGCGCCACCAUGGUGGACGAGAACAACCUGUCCAGAUAUUUCUACGCCAUAUCCGACAUCAAAGUCCAGGGCCGUUGCAAGUGCAACCUCCACGCCAAUGUGUGUGUGAUGGACAAGGACAAGCUGAGCUGCGCGUGUGAGCACAACACCACGGGCCCUGACUGCGGCCGCUGCAAGAGGAACUACCAGGGCCGUGCCUGGAGCGCCGGUUCCUACCUCCCCAUUCCCAAGGGCACAGCUAAUAUAUGUGAGUAG